CUCUGCCUGCCUUCCCAGGAAGGUCUGGUGCGAGCAGCCAUUCCCGCCCGCAACGACCCCUGCUCAAAACUUGGGGGCACCACAGAUCGCAUUGAUCCCGUCCUGUCCUGCCCGUUCGGUCACGGUUGUUUGUGUUUGUGUCUAGUGUUUGUCGCUGUAACAGUGUCAAAGUGUCUGUCCUCUCUCUCCCCUUCCUCCCAUCCCAACUCCCCCCCCCCCCCGAAAAGAUCUGUAUUUGCGACACCGCCAACGCAAAUGCGACCGCGCAUGCGAGCACUGUCACGUCACCAGAUCUGAUACUGCAACCACUUUGCCCGAACCGCGCCGCAACCUCGGGCUCGUCGUGUCGACGAAACCGCGUCAUCCUGCCUCGCCUCGCCUCGCCCAACCCCCGCCCCAAGCUCAAGCCCGUCCCCAGAUCGACAUGGCGUUGCAAGCCGUGUACAGGCAAUUUCUAGCCGCGCCAAACUCUUCGGCGCUGGCCCAGAACGCGUCCCUGCACUACGUUACCACCCUCACCAGCUUCUACGGCCCCACAGACAUCAUCAAGCACCUCAACUCCACCCGCAACCAGAUCAAGAAGAACAAGGAGGACCUCAUCAACGUCGUCGAGGGCCAGAACGCCCUGGCCGUCCAGGCCGAGCUGACCCUCGAGUUCCAGGACGAAGGUGGUCCUUACCUGCCUGGUCUGGAUGACCAGUUCCUCUCCGACCGCACUGUCUACCUGCCUGUCUCCCACUUCGUCAAGUUCGAUAGCGAUGGCUUGAUCACCACUAUCCAGCAGAGCUGGGAUCAGGGAGCUCUCCUCAAGCAGCUGGACGUCAUCGGCAAGACUGGUCGCAACUGGCCCAUCCGCGACGCCCAGGAACAGAUCAAGCUGAUCGCAAAAACAUCUGGGAAGCCGGCCGACCUCGCUACAUCGGAUGCUGCGACCCGCGCUCGGACCAACUCCUCGGGUACCUUGCGCGACGCCCGUCCCAAGGACGAGCCUCUUCCCGCCGUCGUGUCGCCUUAUGGUGGCACACGACCGCGCCAGCGUACCUUUGAGGAGAUCCUCGGGGACGAGCCCAACCCCUACGAAUCGCCCGAGCGCGAGAGGUCCCCAAGCAAGGUUGUCGCACCCAAGAUUGGCGCCGGCAAGAACUUCCAGCCAUCGCGCCUGUUCGACAAGCCCGAGGACGCCCCUCCCGAGCCGGACAGCCCCGAGGAUGGAAAGUCUCCAGAGCGUUUUAUGAGGCCGCACCCCAAGAAGUACAACCAUUUUGACUUUGCUGAUGGGUCUGACCCUCAGGAUGCGCCCAAGGCUGGCGUUCCCAUCGACUCUAUCAAGGGCAAGCACCGAAGCCAGUGGGAUUUUGAAGACUUUGUUACGCCCCAGAAGUUCAAGCCUGUCAAGAAGACGCUUCGCACCCAGGAAAUCAGGCAUUGGGGCACCGGCACUGACAAGGACAACAUUGAGGAGUCACCGGCCAAGGCUGCUGGCAAGCCGCGACGCGACGCAGAGAAGCACUUUGAGAUGGAGGACGAUGGGUUCCCGCCAACAAAGCCUCGUCCCGCGCCUCGCCCCCGCGGUACGAUGCACAACAGCGGACUGGGCCUGUACAACAACCAUCUGACCACCGACGAUGACUCGGAGCCCGUUCAAUCCCCAGACCCGCGCGCGCUGGGCAACAUCACCAACCUCAAGGACCGUUCCAAGACUUUUGCCCCCCACUUCGAAAUGAAGGACGAGUCCCCGACCCAGGCCACCGCACCAAACAAGCCAGUUCUGAAGGAGAAUAGUGCCGACCACCGUAUCAGGCUCGGAGGAGACGGCAUGGGCAAUCGCAAGGGAGGCAGGGGAUGGUCGCUUGGAGACGACUCCGACGAGGAGGAGAAGCCCGCCGCGGUCCCGGGCAGAAAGGGCGCCGCUCAGAAGGCGGCGAACAGCUUCUGGGAUCACUAGAGGCCGUACCCGCAAGCUGACCACAGCCCACGCGGCAGCAAGAGGAACCCUUGACGGGUCGAUAUGACCGCCAAGACAAUGUGAAUGAUACCCGGGCUGGAGAGGGAGAUGAUAUGUUGGAAACGGCCUUUGACGAGUAUAUGUCUAUGCACUCAGCCUUGCCAGGAAAUCCCAAAAAUAAUUGUCGUUCUUUCCACCGCAACCGCACUGACUGGUCUUUCCGUACCCACACGGCGAUCGGAGCAGGCUGUUGCGUGUGUUCGGAGCUACAGAAACGAAGGUGCAGUACAUUGGAAUGGAAACGGAUAGAUACCAGUCCUUCGGAGCAAAAAUCCCAUCUGGAGCCAGAACUUUUGGUAUACGAAGCUUUAAAAAGGAAUUGGUCCAGCAAGGAUUCUGGAGGCUUCUGUCCAUAGUAUAUGGUUUAUCAGAGUCUGUAGCAUCCCGACAUAGCGGUGCGCAUACACGCGGC